CUGGAGAGAGCUUGAGGACUGGAGUUGAGGCAGAACACAUCGAAGCUCCUGUUCAUUGUCUUCGCCAUGGGAAUCAAAUUAAUGUGGCAAAACACCAGAAGAGAAACCAUCACAUUGGGGAAGAACAACCACCAGCGAGAAGAAAAUGAUCACCGUGCCAGGGCAAGAUGGAGAAUAUUUUGGACCAAGAUCACAAGGGAGAAGAAAAAAAUCUUCUGUUCACCUGGUGCUACAUUCCAGUCUUCUUAUGCCCUUGAUGAGUACUCGCAAAAUUUCGAUCAGGAGAUGAGCUGGGCAGAACCGGAUAAUCUUUCUCGAUCGUUCUCAGCUCGGUAUGCUAAUCCGUCCAGGAUUGCCAGAAGGAGUCAUGACUUGUUGCUGUAAAAAA